GUUUUCUAUCAGCAACUAAACGGAGCGCAUCAGCAAUACGAGAAUGGAUCUUAGCAAGCAGCUGCUGGUGGGCGUGGCGCUCUUGACGCUGGCCUGGAGUACUACCGGGGCGUAUCCUGCGGCGAACAACUACACCACGGACAUACUGCGCCUGGCCAAGGCAGCGCACAUCAAGGCCUACCUGAGCACGGGCGAGCCGAGGCCGUGCGAGAACUUCUACAACUUCGCCUGCGGCAAUUGGCCGCGCCUGCAUCCCGCACGGCUGCACAACAAGAAGACGAACUACCUCGAGGAGCUGCAGGAGCUGUUCGUGCGCAAGAGCGCGGACAUGCUGAAGAGCAGCAAGACGAGUGCCGACAGCAGCGCCGAUCGCGUGCUGAAGCGAUUCUACGUCUCCUGCCACGCCCAGGCGAACGACACGCGCUCGGCGCUGGAGGCUCUGCUGCAGGUGACCGACUUCCGAGGCGGCUGGCCAGAGAUUCGAGUGCCGUCGUGGUACUACUACGAGUACGAUUGGCUGCAGGCGGUGGCCAUGCUCAAGCGGCGCCUGGGCGUCGAUAUAUUCAUUGGCCUGGACGUGGUGCUCGACUACAAGGAGGAGAACAUGCAUCGGCUCAAGAUCGGCGCGCCCCAGCUGCCCCUGGGCCAACGCCGUCAAUACCUUGAUGCGGCCUUCCACGAGGCACGCGAGCGCUACGAGGAGGCCAUUCGCCAGAAGCUCGAGGGCUACUUCCCACAGCAAUCGGAGCGCUGGCAGCACGAGGUCGCCGCCCAGGUGCUGCAGAUUGAGCAGCAGCUGGCCAAGGGCUUGCCCCACAAUCCCGCGCUCACGCUGGAGCAGACAACGCGUCUCCGCACAGCGGCCGAGAUGAAGGCGGCCUACGGCAGCUACGUGGACGUGAGCCGCUACUUGCAGAUGAUCUACAACGACACCCUCUACGUGGAUCUGUACGAGACGCCGGAGGACUACAUGUCCAACCUCGUGGAUGUGAUACGAAACACGCCAAAGCUCCACCUGGCCAACUACACGAUCUGGCGUGCCCUGGACACGCUCGAUCAGGCACGCGUGCCGCUCAACGCUCAGCCGGGCAUCUGGUGUGUGCAGCUGGUGCGCCAGUACUUCCCGCAGCACCUGGAGAGCCUCUUCCAUCGCAACUUCAACAACAUGCAGAUGAUCAACGAGCUGCAGUCCACCUGGGCGGACAUCAAGCGCGUCUUCCGCGAGGAUCUGCAGGCAUCCACCGAUCUCCACUGGCUCACGCUCGAGACCCGGCAGAAGGCCAUUGCCAAGCUGGAGGCCCUGGAGCUGCAAUUCCGCAACCACGACGACACCCAGCUGAUACGACAAAUGCACGGCUUGAAUCUGCACCAGGAUCAGUUCUAUGCGAACCUGGUCAAGGUUCUGCAAUGGCGCACCCAGCGCCAUCUGGCGAAACUCGUCGAGGAGCCGCGGCUGACGGACAAGGUGUACAAGGUGCCGCACUACGAGCUGACCACCAACAAGAUGCAGAUCCCAAUCACCUUCCUGCAGGCCCGCUUCUUCUGGGAUCCCGUCUACCCGAACGCCCUCAAGUACGGCACCAUCGGUGUGCUGCUGGCCCGCCAAAUGCUCCACGGCUUCGACGACGUGGGUCGGCGCUACGACCGACACGGCUAUCGCAACAACUGGUGGGACCUCACCUCGGAGACUUCCUACUUACGUCGCGCCCAGUGCUUCCAGGAGCAAUACGCCGUCUUUGUCCAGUUCAGAGACAAGCCCGUCCAGGACAAGGGACUGCUCAGUCGAAUCGUGGCCGAUAACGGCGCCCUAAGCAUCGCCUAUCGCGCCUACUCCAAGUGGCUGAGGAACUCGGCUGAAACAUCGGCGACUUAUCAACGCGAACGCCUGCCCCUGCUCGACCACACAGAGAACGAGCUCUUCUUCUUGGCCUAUGCUCAGCUUUACUGCUCCGACUAUCCCGAGUCCGUGGAGCUCUACGAGGAGCUACCAGAGCCGUUCCGCGUAAAUACGGCUCUUUCCAACUCUGAGCAGUUUGCACAAGCCUUCAGCUGCUCCAAAAGCGAUAAGCUCAACGCUCGCUUCAAAUGCGCACUCUAUUAAAAUGUUUGCCCAGACAUCAUUUUUCUAUACACACACACACACGCACACAU